UGAAACGCCAGCCACUCUCUCUUCAUCCUUUCCCUCCCGCGAUUCGAAACCAAACCCUCGCCAUCUCAAUCCCCCGUCCCCAUCUCUCUCUCUCUCUCUGGAGCUGCGAACAGUGGGCGGCGCCGACGGCGGAAGGCGAGGGGCGCGAAGCGAAGUUGGGGUUCUGCCUCUAGGAGCCCGAUUCCACGGGUUUGGGUCGUCAGUGCUGCCUGUCGCCCUCACGCAGAGAGUUGGUUGGUGUUCCGGUUGCUAAUGCAGAUGGUGUUCCAGUUGCUGACGAAUUUUGCUGAUUGAGAAGUUGCACAACUGAAGCGUGUCUGUACAGAUUACGGGCCGUGCUGUAAAUUAGUGCAUGUUCACUUGUUUCCUAGCAUUGGAUUUGGACGUGCUUGAGAUCGUUGGACAUUACCAGACUUUCUCCUACCUUGAUGCUUUGUUCGACGGUGUGAGGCCGUAUUGAGCACCGUGCCUAACAACGAGUCUUGACCUUGAGGAUCUGAUCUUCAGCUGGCGAGUGUCGAGCUUGGUUGUCUUGACCUUGAAGAUCUGAUCUUCAGCUGGCGAGUGUCGAGCUUGGUUGUCAAGUGCAGUUCACUGAUUAUAGUCAUGGAAGUCGAUGCUGUCAGCAGCGAUGUAUCUGCUGAUCAUGUCAUCGCCGAGUUGCUCGAGAUGGGGUUUGACUUCGACAAGAUCAGCGAAGCAAUUGGGGUUGUGGGUCCGAACCGUGCUGAUGUUGUGGAGUUUGUGUUGAAUGGUUCUGGCAGCGGACAAAGGAAGCCAAGUCAGGAAUUUGGAAGAGACCUUUCUGUUCCGUCUAAUUCAGGGUCACGCGCGUCUGACAGGAGAACUAGAUUGGCCAAUCCCAGAGGGAGAUUUAAGCAGUCUAGCAUUACUGACCAUGUCUCCUCAACCACUUGCAGUAAAAGGGAAUCUCGUGGUGAAGAAGCGAGUACCUCAUAUUCUUGUUUAGUGGAUUCCGUUGACCCUGGAUUGACUGCUGCUAUUUGUUCUAAAUCAAAACCUGAAUCUCAGCCAUUGCUAGAGAAUCCAAGAGGUGGGUUUGACCGUAGUAACAAAAUUAGUGCUGUUUUGCGAAAGCAUUUUGGUUUCUUGUCCGUGAAGGGCUUCCAAAAGGAAGCCUUGGAUGCUUGGUUCGCUCACAAGGACUGUCUUGUUCUAGCGGCAACUGGAUCAGGGAAGUCCCUAUGCUUUCAGAUCCCAGCUCUUUUGACCACGAAGAUUGUAGUGGUGAUUUCACCCUUGAUUAGUCUAAUGCACGAUCAGUGUCUAAAACUUGCAAAACAUGGGAUAUCAGCAUGCUUCCUUGGAUCAGGGCAACCCGAUAAUCGUGUUGAGGGCAAAGCGAUGGCUGGCAUGUAUAAGAUUGUUUAUGUUUGCCCUGAGACCGUUUUAAGACUGAUGGAGCCGUUGAAGAAACUUGCAGAAAAGCCAGGGAUUGCACUUUUCGCCAUUGAUGAAGUUCAUUGUGUUUCUAAAUGGGGUCAUGAUUUCCGACCUGACUAUAGGAGAUUGUCUGUACUUCGAGAAAAUUUCAGUUCCAGCAACUUGAAGUUCUUGGAACAUGAUAUUCCUUUGAUGGCAUUGACUGCUACUGCAACUUUCCCUGUACGAGAAGACAUUGUCAAGUCACUGAAAAUGUCAGAAGAUACAUUGAUUGUCUUGACAUCUUUUUUCAGACCGAAUCUUCGAUUUAAUGUAAAGCACAGUAAAACCUCUGCCUCAUCAUAUGGAAAGGACUUCCAAGAACUAACAGAGAUUUAUAAUGCUUCAAAGAAUUUUGGUGGUAAAGGCCAGAAAAUUCUUCAUGCAGUUGAACCAGAUUCUGAAAGCAGUUCAUAUGAGUCUCUGGAUGAUAGCGCAUCAGAUGAUGACUAUGCAAUUGCUGGUUCUACGAACCAUGGUGAUAUUAAGAGAAGAAAAGUUGGCAUGUCUUUGGUAAAUGAAAACGCUGAGCAUGAGCUGGAUCAGUAUCAAGGAGUAGAUGAUUUUGAUGUUUCUUGUGGAGAGUUCCUUGAAGGUUCUCGACCUGAGAGCUUUGCAUCUCCUGCACAAUCCAAUGAAACUAUUUCACUGGAAAGUUUGGAUCAAGGUCCUACAAUUAUUUAUGUACCAACGAGGAAAGAAACUGUGGAACUAGCCAACUAUUUGUGCAAAUCUGGCCUUAGAGCUGCAGCAUAUAAUGCAAAGAUGCCUAGAUCGCAUUUGAGGCAGGUGCAUGAGCAGUUCCAUUCCAAUGUGUUAGAGGUGGUUGUGGCUACCAUAGCAUUUGGGAUGGGGAUUGACAAAUCAAAUGUCAGGAGAAUUAUUCACUACGGUUUCCCGCAGAGCUUGGAAGCAUAUUAUCAGGAAGCUGGCCGCGCUGGUAGAGAUGGGAAGUUGUCAGAUUGCACUCUAUAUUGUAAUUUUUUGAGAACACCAACACUCCUUCCUAACAAAAGAAGUGAUGAACAGACCAAGGCAGCACAUAGGAUGCUACGAGAUUGCUUUCAGUAUGCUUUGAACACUUCAACAUGUAGGGCCAAAAUACUAGUAAAGUACUUCGGAGAGGAAUUUGGUCCUGAUGGAUGUCAAAUGUGCGACAUCUGUAUUAAUGGCCCUCCUCAAAUGCAUGAUUUCAAGGACGAAGCAGUUGUCUUCAUGAAUGUGCUCCGAGCUCAAACCGGACAGGCAACUGAAGAUAUGGAUUGCAACAGUAUGUCCCGUUCUAAAUCUGGAAGGCGAAGUUUUGGGGCGAUACCUGAUUUCAGAACUGCGGUCAGUUAUAUAAGGGAAAAGUUUCCUAGGUUUGUCACGACCGACAAGAUAUGGUGGCAAGGUCUUGCUCGUAUAUUAGAGGGCAUGGGAUACAUACAGGAAGCAGCUGAAAUUCCCCGUGUUGUACUCCAGCAUCCAGAGCCAACAAGAGCUGGAUUAAACUUUUUGAGUUCACAACCAGACGAGGAAGGUUUAUAUGCAUACCCUGAUGCCGCUACGUUGCUGCUGAUGAGUAACCCAAAAUCCUUCUCUUCUUCCUCGGAGUGGGGCAGGGGUUGGGCAGAUCCCGAGACACGCCGCCAGCGUCUUGCCGGCAGGAAAACGGGAAGAAGGAAAAGGAAGAGGGGUUCUCGGAAGCAACCCACGGGUUUCACCACCGCAAAAGAGAGACUAUCAGCGAUACUCUCGAAGUCGAAGCGCAGAAGGUAGUAUGAGGAGUGAUAGGAUCCUGAGAUCUAUUCACGUGAGCUUGAAAUGAAAUAAACACAUAUGGUGCAAUUUAAGUUGCUAAUUUUUACACAAAUACUACUGAUGCUGUCAUGCUUGUUUGGAGAUCAGUUGGCUAUUUUUAUUUUCUUGAAGAUUGUGUGUUUACCAGGUUUUGGUUCUCACAGGUUUAUUGCAUAUUAGUAGGCCCAAGUGUCGUUUAUGAUUUCUUCGUGAGGGUAUGUAUGUACAAAUGAAUGAGGUCACAUGUCAGUACCAUUUUGGCAAUCCAUGAUCCAUCUAAACA